AUGCCUACUAAAAAGAAGAAAGCAGAUCAUAAAACCCUAACUCAAAGGUUCGGGGGCUUUAAAGGCCCCUUUUCAGUAUUUUCAAGGUUGUUAUAUGGGAAAUUCUCGAUUUUUGCGUUCAUUGUUGGCUUUGUGGCGUUCACUCUACACAUGCCCAUACAGUUUAUAUCGGUUAGUUCAAGGCACGUUGCAGUAGCUUUCAAUAUUCCUAAAAAGACAACAGGUAUAUAUUUUACGAAGUUUUACAGCCUAAGGGCUCUUGUAACCCUAAUAGCUUCCUCAAUUACAUAUGCCAUAAAGUGGUUUGUUCCAGAGGAUAAUAUAUUUUUCACGCUUUUGUUUUGUGUCGUGAUGGUUGUAUCCAGGCUACUUCUCUUGGUUUAUGUCUAUAUAUCUAAAAACCCUGCACUUGAUAUCUAUAACUUUUAUGUUCUCGAGGCUUUAUCGCUCGGAUUGUUUCAGAUGACUUUCUAUACUCUGACACCAGAGUAUGUAUCACUAUUAUCAGUAACCUUUAAGCUUUCAAGAAUUACUUUGUUUCUCCUACAAAUGAUUAUGGACAGGUUCGUAUUUGAUAAUCCUCUUUUAAUGGUAAAGAUCCACUUUUGGAUUAUUUUCAUAUUCAGUUUUCUCUCAACAGUGUUCUGGUUCUACUAUUCAAUAGUUAAAGUAAGAAACGAUCUUCGUGAACAGGAGGAAAAUACAGAAGAUAAAGAGAAUAGGGGUGAUAAGUUAGAAAAAAAUGAACAACAGAUGGAAAAUCUAAAGGAAACUAGGUUCGAUAAAUUGGAAAAUAAAAAGGAGAAUAGGAAUACUGGUUCCAAGAGAUUCUCGGUUAAAGAAAUGGUUAAAUACAAAUAUUCAAGGGAACCGGAUCCUGAGAAAUUAAGGCUUUCAGAACCUAGCUUUUUAAGGCACAUGAUUAAUUGUAUUUCCCCCUUCAUGAUGUGUUUGGUAACACUAAUCAUGAAGACUAUUUUGUAUCCUGGUAUAUUACCAUAUUCUCUCCUGGAAAGGGAUAAGUGUCAUACAAUAAACAUGUAUAGAACUCCCGUUGGACUAAUUGGUACACUAAUUGUUCACGUAAUUAAGAUACAUUGUGACUCCAUCAACAUGAGAUGGAAAUGGUACUGGCAUCUAUUUUGGGUCUUUGCCAUUCCUCCUGCCUUUAUAUUCUACCUUUGCUUUGCAGCUUUACAUACAAAUGGGCCUCUAGCUCAGAGAAUUAUCAACUCUGAAGGCACAGUUCUAGCAAUGUCAACAGUUUUCUAUCUAUGUCAUACAAUUGUUGAAACUGCUGGGUACCUAGGUGUGGUUUCAAACGUUAAAUACUGCGGAAGGUUCUUUGAUAGGGGAUUAAAGGUCAUAGCAACCAACCAAAUUUCAGGAAUAAUAUGCUCCUUUAUUUUUUACAAGUUUGCAGUGGGAUACAACGUGACUAGGACCAUGACGAACCGACACCCACCAGAAGAUUCCAGCUUCAUUUAUAAGCUGUGGUUCUGGGUUCACAACUCAAUAACAACCGGUUUUAUGGACUUCCUCAAAGAUUUCAAAAUGAACAUUAGGGAUUACAUUUAGUUUUUUCUUGAAAGUGAAGAUUAGUCGAGAGAAUUUCAAUAUACCAAAUAUGACAUCUCGGGUUUAUAAAACAUCAUUAAAUAUUCUUGCAACUUCC